AUGAAGGGGAGCAACACCGCGCGAUGGCACAUGCUAUUGCUCAUCGCGGGUUUAUCCAUUGGACUCGCUACAUCACAAACAGGAUCGAGCGCGGAUGGUCAAGUCGACAAUGAUCCCACAAUCACGGAUCAACCUGACGGAUAUAUUUGGAACUCGGCAAGUAUAUCGUCCCAUCCACCGAGAGCAGUCUGCCUGUCGCGCCGAAUUUUCCCAUGGAAGCGAAGGGCAGAUCCGGCCGCUCAGACGUAUUGCAGCGGCAGGCGAUAUAUGAUGGGGCGAUGGCGCGGUAUGUUUCAGUUGCAGAACUAUGGAAGUACGGUUCCCGUUGAGGGUACUUUGAAGUUCUAUACAACACAACCACGGCAGUCUACGACCAGCCAGACGGAAUAUUAUGUGACUCAACUUGGAGCUUACGCAAUGACACACGCACCAGAGACAUUUCGGCAGGGUGCCGCAGCAUACCGCAAUUCCAGAGAGUGGACACAAAAACAGCGAGACCAAUUCAUCGUCGAUGCCAAUGCCGCUGCAUUGAGAAUGUCCAACGAAGUGGUGUCAGUCAGCCAGACGGAAAGCCGCACAGAAGAAGCCUCACCUACUAGCAACCAAGGCUCAUUCAGCUCGGAGACAUCGGUGGACCAGCUCGCUUUAGACUCCCAAGGUUCUGCGAAACGGCGUCGAGGUACGGCGUCUCAAUAA